AUGGUCAUUCGCACUUAUGCUCUCUACGGCUGUAGCAAGCGCCUGCUUGCUUGGAUGGUAAUCGGCACGAUUGCUCUUACGGGAAUAGCUUGCGCGGGCACUUUUGGACAAUUUUCAGGCGAUAUUGAAGUCGUGCCAGGGCUUGGCUGCAAUGAAACAUUUUCAAAAUCGAUGUAUGUUGUACUCAUUCCCGUUCUAUGCGCCCGCUCAAAGGUGGUUGCAGAGCUGCCCAGCGAUAACACUGUCCAAUAUACUGACCAUCCUGACGUACUACAUUGGUUCAGUGAGCAUACAAACACCCCUUGUAUUCAGUUUGACUGUUUUCUGAUUAUCGGCAAGGUCAACCUCAGAGGCAGUCUAUCCACAUUUACUGGUUGCAUGUCCGUUACUCUCAUCUCUCGGCUGAUGCUUAACCUGCAUCAGACUAUCGACACUGGCGUUCUCUCGACUCCCGUCCAGGACGAGGGCCCUGUGCUCCCUGUCCUUACCACUAGGAUCAGCGUAGAAUCCGUGAUUUCCUCUCACUAUUAG